AUCGCCCAAAACGGGGGUGCGCCUGGAGCCCUGGAGGGACGCGACGCGACGGCCGUGGGGAACCGAACUACAGCCGCCAGGAACACCGCCAUCACACCAUAAUGCAGGGUGGAGUGGCCCAACGCGGGCUUUGGGGGUCUCGGAACGGAUAUGCAUGGUUGCUAGUACGCGAAAUAAGUUUCGGUGUUUGUUGAUGGGAAUUGUUAAUUGGAGGUGGUCGUCGCUGAAAGUUCUUGAACGCGUUCAUUCCUCCUUCCAUAUACUCCAAAGUCAAUACCUAAUUCUACACAUACGCCGAAUCAAACGAUCAACAUGUCAGACAACAUCUACGUAAAGAGUGUUGCAGGAACCUGCAUCACUUUCUCUUUCAUCCUCGCUGGCAAUGCCAUCACACAGUCCUACAUGACCGUCCCCGCGCUUCUCGUCAACUUCCCACGCGCAGGCACACCCGAACACAAAGACCGCGCACGUCUUCUGGGCCGUCAGUGGCCUCUCUGCUGGACAGUCGGCAACCAGUUUUUCCGUCCCAUUUCAACUCUGGGAUUCCUGGGUUACGCCUACGCUGGUUACUCAGUCUACCGUGAGGGCAUGCUCGCCCGCAGUGACUGGAAGCUUUUUGGUGUUGCGGCCGUCAUGCACUUGACGACCAUCCUGCACUCGGCUAUCAACAUGCAGCCGUUGAACGACAAGUUGGAGGCGUUGGCGGAGAGGAGCAACGAGAAGGAGUUGGGUGAGGCGGAGAGCAUUGCGACAAAGUGGGCCAGCUGGAACAGGCUGAGGUUGGUUACACCAACCAUUGCUGGUGGCCUGGCACUGUGGAACUUGCUCUCUUUGUAGAGAACUUAAGUAGUUCCGGCCUUUUGAUUGCAGUUAGGAGUUCGGCCAUUGUGCUGCCUACCACAUCGUUUUUGUAUGUGUAGGUGUUUGGAGUCUAGCAUAGGAUCAAUGAAGCGUACGAAUGAUUGAGCACU